AUGAAUGUACAUGUUUCGAGCUCUCUGGGCGGGCUUACAGCAGCUCUUAAGAACUCUAUCGAUUAUUUAUUAUUAUUAUUAUUAUUAUUAUUAUUAUUAUUAUUGUUAUUAUUAUUAUUAUUAUUAUUAUUAUUAUUAUUAUUAUUAUUAUUAUUAUUAUUAUUAUUAUUAUUAUUAUUAUUAUUAUUAUUAUUAUUAUUAUUAUUAUUAUUAUUAUUAUUAUUAUUAUUAUUAUUAUUAUUAUUAUUAUUAUUAUUAUUAUUAUUAUUAUUAUUAUUAUUAUUAUUAUUAUUAUUAUUAUUAUUAUUAUUAUUAUUAUUAUUAUUAUUAUUAUUAUUAUUAUUAUUAUUAUACAUUCAUUAA